GUGACUUUUUCCGCCUAAAAAAGUGUUGUUCCAAAUUUUGACUCCUUGCCAAAUUAUUACCCUUCUCAUUGAUGCUGCUACCUGAUAGCCUAAUCCUAACCUCACACCAAGGGCCAAAUUUACAUAGGCAAAAUAUUUUUUCUGCAGUAGUGUCUUUCUACUAAAAGUGAAAUUGUUGUCCUGAUUCUGAUGGACAUCUCCAUGAACUUGAUUCUGAAUGGUCGAACGGAUAUGAAACAUGUGUCUGUGGGAAUUGUGGAAUCAUCUGUUGUAAAAGUUUUGAAGGUUAUGGGCCCUAUGGACAUGACAGAUAUAGAGAUUAUGGGCCCUAUGGACAAUAUGGAGGUUAUCGGCCCUAUGGACGAUUUGGAGAUUAUUGGCCCUUUCAGCAAUUUGGAGAUUAUUGGCCCUUUGGACAAGGUCAUGAAGGAUAUCGGCCCUCUGAACCAACUGAAUAUUAUGAACGAUUUGGAGGUAAUCGGCCAAUUCAGCAAUUUGGAGAUUAUUGGCCCUUUGGACAAGGUCAUGAAGGUUAUCGGCCCUCUGAACCAACUGAAAAUUAUGAACGAGGUCAUGAAGGUUAUCGGCCCUCUGAACCAACUGAAAAUUAUGAACGAUUUGGAGAUUAUUGGCCCUUUGUACAAGGUCAUGAAGGUUAUCGGCCCUCUGAACCAACUGAAAAUUAUGAUCGAUUUGGAGAUUAUUGGCCCUUUGGACUACAUGACAAUGAAGACACCACUACUGAGCCCAUUGCUGAUGUUGCUGAUGACGAUAUGUUUGACAACUAUGAACCAGUAAAGUAAAAUACUGGCAGAAUGAGAGCCACUGUGUGCCCUUACCAGCGGGAACGCAAAGCCAGUUAAAACCCAGCAGAAUGAGCUGAUUUACACAGCAUUUUAAAUAAACAUACA